AUGGUUGGCCAGACUCACAUCUGUCUUAUUUUUGCAGACUGUUCUACGAACGGGUCAUAUGCUCUAUAUGCAGGCAAAGACGCAAGCCGAGCUUUGGCAAAGAUGUCUUUUGAGGAAAUGGACUUAACAGGAGAUAUAUCGGGUCUCGGUCCUUUUGAGCUGGAUGCAUUGCAAGAAUGGGAGUACAAGUUCAUGAGCAGGUAUGAAAGAGUUGGAACCAUACAGAAGAAGGACGUUGUGGUGGCAGAUCAAGAAAGCAAACAAGGUUCUGUACCAAAUACCAACGCCUAG